CACACACAUACACGCUAUAACGAACGAUGCACAAAUGAAUGCAAGAAUACAUUAUAAGAAAUAGAAGACAUGUACACAAUGUAAAAUCUGACAGGUAAUUGAGAAAAGUAAACGACUCGAGAAAACGAAGCGAAUUCCGUCUGGUAUGGAGUGAGUCGGAACUUGAGCAAAGCGCCGGGGCAGUCGUCGUCAGGCUUCGGCAAGCAGAAAGAUGAUUGCGCAAAGAGACGGCUACUCGUGAACGCACGCUUUUGCAAUGAUUUGACGAGCGGAUAAAGUCCGCGCCGGCGAGACCGACGUUGAAGGGAAACAAAAAGUGCACCUCGUCGAUCGCGACAGAAACGCGAGGUAUUUCGGCAAGGAAACAAGAGGAAGAAGAAGUGGAGGAAGAAACGGGUUCGAAGAGGCACGCAAAACAGAGAUAGCGAUAGCAGCACAAAAAGAAGAGGAAGAAGAAGAAGCGUGGGAGGAGGUGGGACACGUAAGAGGAUGCAACAAACUUUUCGAAGGACACGAGCCUCCGACGAUCCAGUGGCAAGAUGCAGCCAACCGACGUUCUUCGUCACGUUCUCCUCGUUUUGCUGGUAACCAUCGUUGCUCCAUCGAUCCUCGAGAAAUUGCAGCCCGUCAAGCUUCUUGCGGCCAGGAAUCGUGCUAUGUUAAGGAGAAUUACCGCUCGCGAGGGGAGAGCCAAAAUCUGCUAUGAUUUUGUAGGCUGUUUUGCGGCCCCACAAUCGCAUCUACCUAUGAAACGACCGCCCGAGCAUCCUAACGUAAUUCAAACUAAAUUCUUCCUCUACACACAUGCCGACCAGCAGGAUUCACAAUUGUUGGAAUAUGGCGAUGACAUGCAAUCUAUCAAGCAUUCUCAUUUUAAUACCUCUAAGCCGUUCAAGGUGUUGAUACACGGUUACAAAGGCAGCGGUAGCGAUCUCAGCGUGAAAAUUGGCGUGAACUUGCUCUUUAAUCUAGAGGAUUUAAAUAUCAUCGUCCUGGACUGGACGAAAGGCGCUGGUACCAGUUAUAGUCUUGCGGUGGCAAAUAGCGAGUUGGUCGGUCGACAACUGGCUCUGAUUCUUCUAGACAUCAUUAAUCUAGGAAUUAGUCCCGUCGAUAUUCACGUAAUUGGUUUCAGUCUGGGCGCUCAUGUGGCCGGCUGCGCUUCGGAGAUAUUGAAACAGAAGAAUCUGAUGCUGGGCCGCAUAACGGGCCUUGACCCAGCCUCACCGUUCUUCAGGCAUCACUUGUUCAGAGAGAAAUCAAGGAAGUUAGAUGCCUCCGACGCCAAUCUCGUUGACGUCAUUCACACAGAUGGCUCGCCGGAUCUCAUUGAUGGCUUUGGCUUGCUCAAGCCGCUUGGACAUAUCGACUUCUUUCCCAACGGUGGCCAAGAACAACCCGGCUGUGUCGACAUCAAGAAUUCGGUAGUGGUCAGUCAUUUACAAGAAAAUCAGUUGGACCGGAAUAUAGCAUGCAGUCACCUGAGAGCUUGGUACUACUUUAUGGAGAGCGUCCAAUCGCAGAACAAGGAAUGUAAAUUCGCUGCGUGGCCUUGUCCGGAUAGGAUAUCUUACAUAAGAGGAAUGUGCUUUCCUAUGGAAACGAUCGAACGGAAUCAGGAAAUGGGCUACGCAGCUAAUCGUGGACCUUUGGGAAUUUACUACCUGCCUACUAGAGCCGAAUCACCUUUCUGCGGCAAGCCUCUGAGAGCAUCAGUGAUUACGUCCGAGGGUAUGCCGAAGACAUUCGGAACACUGUCCCUCAAAAUAUUUCUGAGUAAUUCGACGACACUCUUCACGAUUCAGUGCAUUUUGCCUAAGCGAAGGAACGAUCGGAUGGUGUUUUAUAACAUCGCGGCGAUGACGUUUGAUACUUUCCUAACCGAUAUCGAGAACAUCACGGCUAUAGUUUCAUACCAUCGUAUUGGUAAUAAAACAGAAGAGGAUGCUAUGCAGAAAGAAAAUCCAAAUGGGGAUAUAAUGCUCUUUAAUAAAUUCGCCAUCGAGGAUCGUAAGGGUCAUAGGUGGGAAUACUGCAAAAUGAAUACGGCAAUUGAUUCGCGCGAAGUGUACGUAGAAUUACAGAGAGAACGAUCGGAGAGCACGUCGUUAUAAUAUAAUUUCAAGGAGAUUUUAUAUCUCAAUAAAUAGAUUUUUUAGAGACGAUCGGAUUUCGAAAAAACCGUGAAUGUUUCUUAAUUGUUUCUUAAUUGUUUCUUAAUUGUUCCGAAUGCUGGUCCGUAAUUUUUGGUAAAUUUAUUAUUUUAUUAAAGUAAUUUUAUUAAAGUAAUGAAUUUAGCUGUAUUAGGCUUAACACGUAAUCAACAGCGCGUUAUUAUACAGAGUUAUCGAAAAGUAUCGGACCCCUCUGUUAUCUUCAGAAGUACACACUUUUACGGAAAAUGACUCGAAUAAAAGUUGUAACAUAAAGUAACGACAUUGAAGUUUGGAACGUUCUUCGAGCAAAAAUUGAAAAUAGCCUUUAUUUAAAAUAAAACCACUUAAUAUAAAUGUAAAUACAUAUACUAAAAGAUAAAUUUGUGUUAAAUAUGACAUAAUAUUAUAAGAAAGUUGUUCUCCCCGAAAAUUACGCCCAUAUAAUUAUUCAUAUACAUGAUAAUUUCCACAUGACGUCCAAAUACUUUGUGCCAAAAACUGAUAGUGAACUUUCAUUCUUUGGUAUGUGGGAAAAUAGAAAAAACAGUUUAAUAGCAAUCUCGUCCCGGAACACUUUCGUUCUCCCCGAAAAUUGUGUGCAUACCACCACAUUCAGACAGAUUAUAAUUACUUCCGGUAGUCACAACGCUAUGUGCCAAAAACUGACAAUGCACCUUCACUCUCUGGCAUGUGGGAAAAUAGAACAAAAUAAUUUAAUAGCAAUUUCGUCCAGGAACACUUUCGUCCUCCCCGAAAAUUGUGAGCAUACCUUCAUACUCAGCCAGAUUAUAAUUACUUCCGGCACUCACAGCGCUCCGUGCCAAAAACUGACAGUGC